UCAUCUCUGAUCGCCUCUAUGGCCUUGGAGGACAGAAACGACACCAUGACGUCGCUUCUGGUCUCUGGUGGAUGUAAACAAAUUUAUUUUUUUUUAAGCAAUGGAUCAAAAUGUAUUUUUUUUUUAUCUUUUGAUUUUAACCACUUGCCAUCCUGAGGAUUUACCCCCCUUAAUGACCAGGCCUCCUUUUGCUAUUCGGCGCUGCACUAUUUCAACUGAUAAUUGCGCGGUCAUGCAAUGCUGUACCCAAACAAAAUUUAUGUCUUUUUUCACACAAAUAGAGCUUUCUUUUGGAGGUAUUUGAUCACCUGUGCACUUUUUAUUUUUCGCGCUAUAAACAAAAAAGA